AUGAAAAGUAGAGCCAAACGUACGAAACGAUUGGCCGUUAACCCGGUUACAGACGCGCUGCCAUACCACUAUAACCUGCGGUCGAGUGCGUCGUCCAAACGUCUUCGCGUCGACGACCGCUCCUCGAAGACCAUUACCGCCGACCGCACGACCGAUAGUCAGCUGUUGAACAGUCAAAACUGCGAAGAGAUGUCCGACUCGAUGGACGCGUCGACUCUGAGCCAGACAUCGGUGGUCCAGAAGUUGACAAAAAUGCCAAAUAAGUCAUACAAUUUGAGGCGAAGAGUCGGCGACAGCGCAUCCAAAGCGGGCCGACACUCGUCCCCAGCCGUGAGUCGGACCACAAUUGACGACUUGCCCGACGAUUGUCUGCUCGAUAUCUUUGAAAAGUUGGAUACGAUUCAAGACAAGUGCGCUCUUCAGAGAGUGAAUAAGAGGUUUUACUUUUUGGUCAACCGUUUACUGAAGGCUCAGAAGACGUUUACGGUUGGCUCCACUUUUGGCGACAACAAUGAACAAAUGCUGACACAAAGAAUCUGCCGAACGAUAAUCAAGAGGUGUCCGAAUCUGGAGACCUUCAAAAUGCCCGGAUUUUAUACCAAAACCAGCACUAAUACACUCGAAGAGCGAAUCGGAGACAAAGAAAUGUUUUCAUUGGGUCGGAAGUGCAAAGAACUGCGCGAACUGGACAUCUGUGGCUGCGGUAACGUUACCGAAAGGGGUAUCAAUUAUAUCGCCGACGUCUGUCCCAAACUCGAGAAGUUGUCCAUCAGUUUCUGUCUUCAAGUGUCGGGCGCUUCCCUUCAGAAGUUGACGAAGAAUUUCAGGACUCUUUCGAUCAACACUAACGAUAUGACACCUUUGUCCAUCAGUUUCUGUCUUCAAGUGUCGGGCGCUUCCCUUCAGAAGUUGACGAAGAAUUUCAGGACUCUUUCGAUCAACACUAACGAUAUGACACCUCCUUUGGUUGAUUGUCUCAAGUCAUUGAGUAAAGGGGACGGCAAACACAUUACGGAACUCAAUGUUUGCGCUUAUAAUGAACUCAAUUCGCAGGAAAACAUUCUUCAGAUGAUUUGUACUGAAUUCCAAUGUCUCAGAACUCUUCGAUAUUCAAUAGUCUCAAAAGACUUAGUGAAAUACGGUUUGUUUGGUUCGCUUCGGAAUCUGCGAGAAUUGGUGUUUGACUGCAAUGCACUGAAUCUGUCGGAUCACGAGAUGCUUAACAUAAUGAUGGGCUGCAAGGACUUGAAGUCGAUAUUCAUCCGUUACGAACACGCGAAGGAUCACAACACACUGACCGACUAUUCGUUGCGAAAAUUGCCGCUCUUUUGUCCCAAUUUAGUGAAAUUCAACUUUCAAUCCAAAGAGACGGGUUUGGGUGUGACGGACACCACGAUCGAGAGCUUUAGUCAACUCAAGCACUUGGAGUUUCUCGGGUUCCGCAACUUCGACAAUAUC